AUGUUAAAACACGUCAAAGACUUGAUAGCUCGCGACGAUAUGCAAUUGUUCUAUAUACUAAUAAGCGUUGUGGGUAUCUUAGCCCAAGCCGCCAAUGCCAUUACUUGCAACGCGACGCAAUCAUGUCCCGAUCAUUUACCUUGCUGUUCCCAGUUUGGUGAAUGUGGUACCGGAUUAUACUGUUUAGGUGGCUGUAAUCCAUUAUAUUCAUUUUCUAAUAAAGCAUGUAUGGCAAUGCCAUCUUGUAAGAAUGUUUCGACCACUUUUAGCAAUUAUUCUUCGGAACUUGGGAAUGUGAACACCUACUUGGGUAAUUCCAGCUCCGUCGAUUGGGUCUACUCCGGUUGGGCAAUUGACUAUGAUGACGAGGACAGUUUGUUGUUGACAAUGCCAAAGAACAGUGAUGGUUCUUUGCUGUCUUCUGCCCAUUAUCUGUGGUACGGCAAAGUAAGUGCCAGAUUAAAGAGUUCGCACUUGAAAGGUGUCAUUACCGGUUUUAUCGUUUUCUCCAAUGUUCAAGAUGAAAUCGAUUUUGAAUGGGUUGGCGCCGAUUUAGAGACUGUUCAAAGUAAUUACUAUUUCCAAGGUGAACAAAACUGGACCCACAGUAGAAACUUCAGUACCUCUGACACAUUUGAAGAUUUCCACACCUACGAGAUUGAUUGGAAGGAAGAUCACAUUACGUGGUCACUAGACGGUGUCGUUGGUAGAACUCUGUACAAAAAUUCAACCUAUAAUGAAACCACUCAAACUUAUUCAUUCCCACAAACACCCGCAAGAAUCCAAUUCUCAGUCUGGCCAGGUGGUAACGCUACGCAAGCUGAAGGCACCAGAUCCUGGGCUGGUGGGUUAAUCGACUGGAACGCACAGGAUAUUCAAGAUCAAGGCUACUAUUAUAUGACAUUGAAUCAAGUCAACGUCACGUGUUACGAUCCUCCAGCAUACACCCACAGGAAUGGCAGCGCGGCAUACGUCUACACUGGUGCUGACGGGUACACUUCUGAGGGGAUUUCGGUGACCGAUGAACAGUAUAUGUUGUACUCGGUUGAUGGAAGUGGUUUGCAACCAUUGAUCGGUAGAGAUAACUCGACUUCCUCGUCAUCGUCAUCGUCAUCGUCGUCGUCAUCGACGAGGUCCGGUUCGUCAACUUCACGUGCAUCAUCAGGAUCCUCUACCCAGAGCUCUCUACAUUCAAGUGCAUCCAAUUCACAAGAGACACGUUCUACCUCAGAUGCUGCCUCCCCUGCCACCGCAGGCAACGCCGGAACAACGGCAGCAUCCUCCUCCCUGAGCCCAGAACAAAACACUGCUUUCAUCCAAAACAUGCAGUCCAGCAGCAGCGGUGCCCGCAGUAUGACAACCGCAACUGCAACUGCCAGCGACGCGGCCAACUCUAUCAAGAGCACUUUUGCAUUUUCAGCAUUCGUCACUUUCCUAAUUACCCGCUUCAUGUAA